AUGGCGCUAACAUCAAUCCCAACUUUUUUCGUGAUUCAAUCCUCUGCUAGCCGUCUUUAUUUAUCACCAAAUACCACAGAAAAAAGGCCAUCAGGUGUUCUGGAAUUCAGGGAAGCUAGUAUAUUUAGUCCACGUGUAAAGUUCGCAGCGGAGCAAUCAAAAAAGGGUGGUGAUGCUACCGUGGUACACAUAAGAUCUUGCUUCAACAAUAAGUAUUGGGUGCCACAUGAAGUUAGCAAAGGAGUAUUUGAGGUUGGCGCCUCCGCCAACAAACCACAGGAAGACACAACAGAUCCCGCAUGUACCUUGUUCCGUGUUUCUAUCCAUUCAGAUCCAGAUGGAACCUCAGGUUUUCGGUUUUUCCACGUCAGUAUGUCUCUGUACGCAGUGAACUUAUCGGGCGGCUUGGGGAUGAUCACCGGUCCUCCUAGUUAUUCUACUUUCACUGCGGUUGACUGGGAAACGCUUGUGAUACUUCCUGAUCAAGUCGCAUUCAGAUCUCAACAGCUAGGUGGCAAUUACCUUCGCUCCCGUGUCAUUGAUGGUUACAAUCAUAAUAACUUUGAGUCUGGAUCGGACAUUGGAAAUCCAGAAGUAGGCUAUGAACUCAUUCCCGCUUCUCAUGGUAAUUACUAUCGUAUAAAGAGCUUGUCAUAUGGAAAGCUGUUGACGAGAAUAAACCCCGAGUGGAUAGCGGCUCAUGUUGAAGUUGAAGACAACUCUAAUCACACCUUGUUUUCAUUUAUCAAAGUAAGCGACAAUGUCUUUGCUCUUUCUUAUUUCGCCAACCAGAGGUUCUGCGGUGGAGCCGGAGCUCACAAUUGCUUGAGUGCGUCCUAUUCGCAACUAUCAAAAGAGACGAGGCUGAUAGUUGAAGAGCGCGUCCUGCAGAAAAAGAUCUCAAAUGUAAGAUACCGGCUCGACCACUCCAUUAUCUAUGAUGAGCAAGUUGAAGAGGUUGUUACUGAAUUUGCAACAAAUAUUAGCCCUGACAAAGAAAACAGUACCACCUUAGACUAUCCGCAUCAGUGA